CCCGGGGGCCGCUGCGGGGCGGUCGGCGGUAAGCAGCAGGCAGCAGCAGCCCACCCGCCAGCCAGCAGCAGCAGCAGCCGCCCGCCACCGCAUGCCCGGGCGGGCGAAGGCGUCGCCGUCCAUGCGGGGCGGCGGGGCGUGAGGCGGCGGCAUGAGCCAGAGCGAGGUGUCGCCGUGCGCGGCGCCGCCGCCCAGCCAGCGCGUCUUCCAGGAGGCGGUGCGGCGCGGCAACACCAAGGAGCUGCAGUCCCUGCUGCAGAACAUGACGAACUGCGAGUUCAACGUCAACUCCUUCGGGCCCGAGGGGCAGACGGCGCUGCACCAGUCCGUCAUCGACGGCAACCUGGAGCUGGUCAAGCUCCUGGUCAAGUUCGGCGCCGACAUCCGCCUGGCCAACCGGGACGGCUGGAGCGCGCUGCACAUCGCCGCCUUCGGGGGCCACCAGGACAUCGUCCUCUACCUGAUCACCAAGGCCAAAUACUCCGCCGGCGCCCGGUGAUGCCGGGGCCGCCCCCGCGGCCGCCAAAGCUGCUCCCACCCCCGCGUGGGGUUUAUUUGGCGAAGAUUUGGGGCCCCGCGCAAAACACGCCACCGUUCGCCUGCUUUUAAUUUUUAUUUUUGGUUUUUGUGGUUUUUUUUUUUUUCCUUCCAAGGGUUGUUUUCCUACUGUAAUACGUUUGGGUUUUUUUGUUUUGGUUUUUUUGGUUUGUUUUUUUUUCUCCAUCUACCUCGGCUGCACUCACAGUAUUCACGGUUUCAGUUUGACAUCUGGUCAGAUGCUUUAAAGGCCCCCCCCGUCCAUCCCCGCUAAUAUUUAAUCCUCCCUCCCGCUCCCCUCGCCCCCCCCCCCCCAACCCCCCUCCGAUGUAAAGUAUUCUGGCUCAGAAGAGAAUUCAUUUCAACGCCCCCCCCCGGUAGCCGCGUGGUGCUGGUGCCCCCCCACCCCCCGCUGCCAGCCCCGGGACGAGCCGGGGGCUCCGGCCACCCGCGGCGAGGAGGAGCAGGGAAGCCUUCCUCCUCUCGCAACCUUCCCCCACUGUUUUCCCACCGCUGAGUUUAUUUUUAAUUUUUUUUUUUCCGAGGCGACUCUAUUGGAAUAUGACACACGGUUUUCUCACCCCCGAUUGCUCCUUUUUUUGUUUUCUUUUUGCGUUGGGUUUUUUUGCUUUGGUUUUCUUUUUUUUUUUUUUGGGGGGGGGGUGUCUGAAGAAAGUCUGCGUCCUCACCCGCUCCUUGAAUUCGUUUUAGUAUGCGUGAGAUCCCAGGAAAAGACAUUGAAUCCUUCUCGUUUCAUGUGUAAAGGGGGAUUAGCAAAUCCUGGACUUUUUUUUUCUUUAAAAAAAAAAAGUGAAAUAAACUCUAGAGGCAGAGGAUUUGCUUUUGCACAGAAAAAGGGCACGAGCGCUCUCUGCUGCCUAGAGAGAUGCCGGAAAACUACUGAAAAUAGUUUGGGAACUUUUUUUUCCUUUUGGUGAAACUCGGAUAACACUUCUCAAUGCAGAACGAUUCAUUUGAUGUAUGUAGAUUCACCCGCCUUUUAUAUUAUAUAUAUAUGGCUAAAUAUAUAUAUUUAUAAAAGAAAGGGAGGAAGACGAGAAAGCCACCCGAAGUCGCAUUUUGAAGUGACUGCACGUAUAAUCGCAAAUGCUGCUUUUUAUUGCUAUGGCACAAGAACAUCCAUUUGGAAAAUGCGGAAAAUUUCAGAAGUCUCCUUUCUUCUGCUGGUCUUUCAGCCCUCUUCUCUUCGUCUGCACUAAAACCAUCCGUAUCACUGCCAUCUCCCCGCUCUUUCCUCUCUUGCUCCCUGCAUCCAAACCAUUACGAUUAAAAAAAGAAAAUAGUAACCUGCUGGUUUAUUUGGGUUGUGUCUUAACUAUUUAUCAUGUAUGUAUAUAUUUGUGGGUGAAGAUUGUGAGCCUGGUUUUGUUUGAAACUGUUGGUGAGUGUUUCAAAAAUAUGGUUUGGGAAAUAUGCCUCUUUUUUUCCUAGUCUUAAAACUAAAAAAAAAAAAAAAACCAAAAAAAACCAAAACAAGUUGAGUCUGCCAUGAUUAUUUCCCAUUGCACUGAAUAUUCUGCUUUGUCUCUGAUGGUUUCACCUGCAGUUUGGUUUUGGUUUUUUCCACUUCAACAAUUUGAGAUUAUUUUUAAAAGCUCCAGAUUUAAAGAAGAAAAAGAACAACAACAAAAAAAAAGCCCUGUCGAAAGUGUCUACUGUUAAUGCUGUAAUUUGCAAGGAACUGCUUGGCCGAAGUCUUUCUGUGAGCAUGGAAGGGGGUGUCCAGCACUUCCACUGGUGCUUCUGUGCGAUAGUUAUGGUGUGGGAACAAGAUCUUUUCUAGCGAGGUUUUAUUGUUGUUACCAGAUGGUUGCACAUUUUUUUUUUUUACUAAAUGGAUUUGCCACAAUGAAAUGUCAUAACAUUUAUGACAUGUUAAAAAGUGUAUUGUAAAGCCAAGUUCUAGAUGGAUUUUUAAAAAGAAAUCUUGGUUAUAAACCCAGUCUAAAGGGAGCUCUGUCCGGUGUUGUAAAGACAACAUGAUGUAACCCAUAUUUAUAUUUUUAUAAAAUACCUAUUAAGACUGUGAAUCUCCUGUGUGAAUUGCUGGGUGAGUUGUUUAAGAAAAGUAUUGUUCCUUUCCAGCCUCCUGGAGCUUUAGACACACUGAGAUUUUGGGAAACUGUACGUCGGGGAAGGGGGUUUGCUCUGAAAUUGUGAGUUGAUGUAUUUUUACAUCCCUUUGUAUUUUACUGAAAAGCUGCUGCCCUUCCUAGUCCCUAGAGUUUCAAUUUUCUAUGCAACCCCCGCACCCCCCCGUCUCUCUUGAUCCUGAGAAGUAAAAGGGAUGCAGAUUGAUUCAAAUUAAAAUGAGGGUCCCCCCACCCCCCUUGUUGGCUCAUCGUGCUGCUGACCCUUCACGCCAAAACGGGGAGUACAAGAAAAAAGAAAAAAAAAAAUGAGGCAGGUGGGGGAGGCUCUUUCAUGCAUGACUGGUCGCCUUCCGGCAGUCAUCUUUUUAAUUAUUAUUAUUAUUUUUGUAAGAAGAAUAUAUUGAUAAUGUCAGUGAAAUAAGCAGACAUUGAAGCUGAUGCACAGAUUGCUCCAGAAAGGAGUUUUUCUGUAGAUUUUUCUUUAGAUGCAAAUACCUUUUUUAAUUAUGUUAAUUAAUGUUAAGAAUUUUUAGGCUUAUAUUGAAGCUGUAUGUGGGUCACUAUAUGAUCAUUUCUAACUGGAUAAAGUCUGUACAGUACAGCAUAUUCCUGAGUGUAUGAUAUAGACGUGUAGCCCCAGAGUGCGAAAUUUAUAAAUAAAUUUUUCA